GAAGUGGCUCGCGCGCGCCGCCUCCCGCGUCCCGGCUCGGUCGUGCACGAGGAGGUGGCGUGCGGUGGUGCUGCGGAGCGCGGCUGGCCGCCGACAUGUCGCACCCGUCCCCGCAGGCGCAGCCCUCCAACCCUAGCAACCCCCGAGUCUUUUUCGAUGUGGACAUCGGAGAGGAGAGAGUUGGUCGAAUUGUCUUGGAACUGUUUGCAGAUGUUGUGCCGAAAACUGCAGAAAAUUUCCGUGCACUGUGCACAGGAGAAAAAGGCCUUGGCCCCACGACUGGGAAACCUCUCCACUUCAAAGGCUGUCCUUUCCAUCGGAUUAUCAAGAAGUUUAUGAUUCAGGGUGGAGACUUCUCCAAUCAGAAUGGGACAGGAGGAGAGAGUAUCUAUGGUGAAAAAUUUGAAGAUGAGAAUUUCCAUUAUAAGCAUGACCGGGAGGGUCUACUGAGCAUGGCCAAUGCAGGCCGCAACACAAAUGGCUCGCAGUUCUUCAUCACAACGGUGCCAACUCCACAUCUGGAUGGGAAGCACGUUGUCUUUGGCCAAGUGAUCAAAGGAAUAGGUGUGGCAAGGAUGCUGGAGAAUGCAGAGGUGAAGGGCGAAAAGCCUGUCAAGCUGUGCGUGAUUGCAGACUGUGGAGAGCUGAAGGAAGGGGACGACUGGGGGCUGUUCCCGCAGGACGGCUCUGGGGACAGCUACCCCGACUUCCCCGAGGAUGCGGACAUGGAUCCGAAGGAUGUAGACAAAAUGUUGUUAGUAACAGAAGACUUAAAAAACAUUGGAAAUACUUUUUUCAAAUCUCAGAAGUGGGAGAUGGCCAUUAAAAAAUACACAAAAGUUUUAAGGUAUGUGGAUAGUUCCAAGGCUGUUAUUGAGAAAGCAGACGUGUUGAGGCUGCAGCCUGUAGCUUUAAGCUGUGUAUUGAACAUCAGUGCUUGUAAACUGAAGAUGGCCAACUGGCAGGGAGCUGUGGACAGUUGCCUGGAGGCUCUUGAAAUGGACCCAUCAAAUACCAAAGCACUGUACCGCAGAGCCCAAGGAUGGCAAGGGUUAAAAGAAUAUGAUCAAGCUUUGGCUGAUCUUAAGAAAGCUCAGGAGAUCGCACCAGAAGAUAAAGCUAUCCAGGCAGAACUGCUCAAAGUCAAACAGAAGAUGAAGGCAGAGAAAGACAAAGAGAAGGCCGUGUAUGCCAAGAUGUUUGCCUGAGCAGUGAGGAUGGAGCGCCUGGGGCAGCCGGCAGUGAGGGCUCCUGUCUGUCA